CUGGUUUAUUUGGAUCCAUAUUUGGGUUGUUGAAUAUUUUUUCUCGUAUGAGUGGAGGUCUAACUUCUGACUUUGCAAAUAAAAAAAUGGGAGUUCGUGGUCGAUUGUUAGCACAAUUUUUAUGCUUUUUCCUUCAAGGAGCAUUUUUAAUACUUUUCCGGUUUUUGAGCAUAGAUUUGACGACAGCUAUUAUCCUAAUUGGAUGUUUUUCUUGGUUUACACAGGUAUAUAUGAAAUCUUUUUGA